CAGGGAGACCCAGGAAAGAGUUCCGGGCUGGUGUAGGUUGAAUGGGGGGAGAAAGCCUUGGAAUGAAGUCGGAGAGAACCUGGAGCUGAGUCGGAGCAGAAAGUGGGGAUCGAGGGAGGAGAGCUUGAGCCAUUAAAAAAACUCCACUGCUGUGAAACUGGGUACUUUUGAGUGUGCCUCAGCUGCUCCUGCUACAGUUCAUUAGGGAGGGUAUCCUGCAGUAUCCGAAGGACAAAGAUGAAGGCAACUUCUGAUAUCUCUGAGAUUUCUGAGAUCUUUGAACCAACAGCAGUGACCAGAGCCGACGCUGUGCGUUCCAGACUCAUUGACACUUUUUCUCUGAUCGAUCAUUUGCGAGGCUUGAGCCAAGCUGUGCCACGGCAUAACCUCCGAGAAUUCCUUGAUCCUAACCGCCAAAGAAAACUGAUGCUGGGAGAUCAUCAUCAGCUGGUCCGCUUCAGUAUCAGGCCUGGUCAUGAUCGAAUCCUUUUUGCUCAGAGGCAGCAGUGUCGACUUGGGGUUCGUUGUAAUCGAUGGGCCCCCCUUUCUCUUUGGGCUGGCUGGGUCCUUGAGAAACGUAUCUUCAUAAACCUUAUCAACCUCCUCAUCUUUUUGAAUACCAUUCUGCUCAUGAUUGAAAUAGAGUUAGUGAACACUACAGAUAGCAGAAUGGUGCCAAUAAUGGUUGCUCUAGAGGCAGCAUCUUGGUUCAUCUUGCUUAUCUUCGUUUUGGAGAUUAUCCUCCUGUGGUUGUACAAUUUCUUCCUCUUCUGGAGAAGUGCCUGGAAUCUCUUUGACUUUUUUGUCACCAUACUGUCUUUGCUUCCUGAGGUAGUGGUGCUAAUGGGGGUCUCAGGUGACUCAGUGUGGAUGAAGUUGUUACGUAUUUGCCGGGUGUUGAGGUCACUCAAACUCUUUGCCCGGUUCCGCCAAAUUCGAGUCAUCAUCCUGGCCCUCGUCAGGGCUCUUAAGACCAUGACCUUCCUCCUGGUGCUGGUUCUUUUUUUCUUCUACAUUUUCUCUCUGACUGGUAUCUACUUCUUUGAGAGUUAUAGCCGUUCAGAUUUGCAAGACUUGGAAUACCAGAUGUACUUCGUGGAUAUGCCUAACUCCCUGGUGACAGUGUUUAUCCUCUUCACCCUGGAUCACUGGUACGCACUGCUUCAGGAUGCCUGGAAAGUUUCUGAAAUGAGUAAAACAUUUUCUAGUCUAUAUGUUAUCCUGUGGCUGUUGCUUGGCUCCAUCAUCUUCCGCAACAUCAUAGUAGCUAUGAUGGCAGUUAACUUUGAUAGCCCAGGCCUAGUGGACUGGGAGACCCAUGUGCACCAGAAUCUCCAUGGGCUGAUGGAAAUGGACCAGGAUGAGCAGGUGGUUUGGCCCCGAGAUUCACUCUUUCGAUACUUUGAAUUGCUAGAAAAGCUUCAAUACAACAUAGAAGAACGCAAACAGCUACAAGAAUUUGCAGUUAAGGCAUUGAUAAACCUGAAGGACAACUAAAGGACAACCACUGAUAGCUGCAACCAUGUCAUAGACCAGGAGAAAGAUGGAGAAAGGAUUAGUUGAAGGGGAGAGUGCCAGACAAAAGAUGUUUGAAUAAAUCUAUCUGAAAGUUC